AUGCCAAUGAACACUUAUCCCACUUUUGAACCAAGCCUUCCUAUGUAUGAAGGCACUCAUUGCACUGAUAGCCAGUUGCGAACGCACCAAUCAUCGAUGGGUAACAACAAUAUACAGUUUGGCCCAGGCAUGUUCCAAGCCGUACCGUUUGAACCUAUCCUUCCCGGAGAAUGGUUGACACCUGAUAACUUUCAAUGGGCUCCCGCACUAAAUCCCUCCAAUACGGCUUGGGAUAUGUCCCCGUCCUCAUAUUCAUCCUCAUAUUCAAGCUCUCCAGGCUCAAGCUAUGAUCCGUUUGGGUUGGCACCCGGGUUCACUUGCGACGCAAGCCCUGAGUUUGAGGCGUACUCUCCUCCCAGCACCGCGACAUCAGAGGUUGAAUUACCCUCUUCCUUCGACUAUUUUCCUACAUCGACUAGUGCCAAGUCUCUUCCUAUUGUACCGCCUGUCGUGCCAAGCUCUAGCCGAGAGUCUCCACCAGGGCCCAGUCGACGAGCGAGGCGACCAAGUAAAGAUUCUUCUAAGAAUACUAUUGACGACCGGAAAUAUCAGUGUGAUUUUUGCCCAGUUCAAAUGGCUCGCCUGCACGAUAUAAACAGACACAUGCGUAUACACACUGGUGUCCAUCCCUACGCAUGCAUCGGUUGCGGUGAAACAUUCCGGCGGACCGAUGCGAGGACGCGUCAUUGGUGCAAGCAACCAGAAUGCUUCAAAAUCCACAGCGCGAAGGCCCCUACCUCGAAGGCCCGACGACGCAUUCCGUAG